AUGGGGGCCAGCAUUGUAAAACAAUGCUUCUACGUAGAUGAUUUGUUGACUGGAGCAGAUGACUUGAGCGGAAUCAACAACAUUAAAACCGAAAUCACCGUGUUACUACAGGAGGGUGGAUUUCCGAUAACCAAAUGGAAAACGAACGGUCCAAUCGUGAUGAGAGGUAAAAUGAUGAUCCAAGAUUUAUGGCGGGAUAAAUUAGACUGGGAUGAGGAAAUAACCGGUUCGAUGAAGGAGAAAUGGGAAAAGUUCAACGCCGAUUUGACCAACAUCAAAUUUAUCUCUAUCAGCAGGUGGUUAGGUACGCAGGGAACAUCCAACUUACAAUUGCAUGGUUUCUGCGACGCCUCGGAAAAGGGCUAUGGAGCCGUUCUUUACGCAAGAACAAAAUUCAACGGGAAAUAUAGAAUUGAACUUGUGGCAUCGAAAUCAAGAGUGGCUCCAUUGAAGGCCACUACUAUUCCACGAUUGGAACUAUGUGCAGCAAGUUUAUUGGUAAACUUGAUUGAGGUAAUUCAACCAAUGUUUGAAACCAACGAAGUUGAAAUUCUGUGCUGGACUGAUUCACAGAUCGUUUUGCACUG